AUGCUUCCUUCUGUACGCCUAACGGGCUGCUCCUCGCUGCGCCUGAACGAGGAUAACGCCCGCUUCUGCCUGCUGGCGGCACUCAUUCUCCUGUACCUGCUGUGCGGCGCGGCCGUCUUCUCGGCCUUGGAGCACCCUUCCGAACUGCGGGCGCGGAGGCACUGGGACGAGAGGCUGGGAAACUUCACCCGGCAGCACCAGGUCAGCCUGCAGGCCCUGCGCACCCUUCUGCGGCAGUACGAGGAGGCCAACACAGCAGGCAUCCGUGUGGACACCCUGCGGCCCCGUUGGGACUUCUCCGGGGCCUUCUACUUCGUCGGCACGGUGGUCUCCACCAUCGGAUUCGGAAUGACGACCCCAGCCACCAAUGGCGGUAAGAUCUUCCUCAUCUUCUACGGCCUGAUAGGCUGCGCGGCCACCAUCCUCUUCUUCAACCUCUUCCUGGAGCGCAUCAUCACCAUGCUGGCCUACAUCAUGCGCUGGUGCCACGAGAGGCAGGUGCGACGCAGCGGGGCGGGGCCGGGGGAGGCGGAGCCGAGGCGGGAGGAGGACAGCCUGGAGGAGUGGAAGCCUUCGGUGUACUACGUGAUGCUGAUCCUCGGGGCGGCGGCCCUGCUGAUCGCCUGCAGCGCCUCCGCCCUCUACUCCACCAUGGAGGACUGGGGCUACUUCGAGUCGCUCUACUUCUGCUUCGUGGCCUUCAGCACCAUCGGCUUCGGCGACCUGGUGAGCAGCCAGCGGGAGCGCUACGCGGCACAGGAGGCCUACCGGCUGGGCAACUGCCUCUUCAUCCUCACCGGCGUCUGCUGCAUCUACUCCCUCUUCAACGUCAUCUCCAUCGUCAUCAAGCAAACACUCAACUGGAUCCUGGGGAAGCUGGACUGCAGGCGGCACCCCUGCCCCUGCCCCUGCCCCGGCCCGUGCCCGUGCCUGCCCCCACGGAGGCACCGGCGGCUCUGCUGCUGCUGCCCCUGCCUCCCCAGCAAACGGUCGCGCCACCAGCUGCACCCCCUGCCGGGCCAGCGCCGGCUCCAGCACCACAGCCGCAACGCCGUGCAGCCCGCGCCCCUCCCAGACUCGCUCGGCAAGCACCGCCGUGCUGACGUCUCCAUGGAGACAGUGUGCGACAGCGAGACGGACGCCGGGGGCGGGGCCGAUGCUGUCUAUGGCGCCGGGCGCCGUCUCUCGGGAGAGAUGAUCUCGGUCAAGGACUUCAUGGCCACCAACAAAGUGUCGCUGGCCAUCCUGCAGAAACAGCUGUCUGAGACAGCUCACGGGGGUCCCCGGCAGAGCCAUGUCCGCCACAAUGGCUUCUCCGGUGGAGUGGGGGCCUUUGCCAUCAUGAACAACCGUCUGCAGGAGACCAGUGUGGAUAGGUAG